AUGCAAUCUCUCCGGAAACGCCUGAUACCGGCGAGAAAAUAUUCCUGCGACGCUAAGGAGUCUGUCACCCGCCUUGACGGACGUGAAAAAGGAGAACGUCGAGGAGAAGUAUCUCAGAAGUGCUCAGAACAUCCUUGGGUCCAAAAUGCGAAGAAGGCUUUGGAUGUUUAUUUUGGAGAUGUUGUCAGGUUAAGUCUGAGGCAGUUCUCACUAAUGAACAGAUUAAAAAGGAAGGCUCUCAGGGUCACUGCUAAUAUCUUAUCUACUGAAGUUGUCCAAGGCAUCAAAGAGCUAUUAGAUGUUGAUAAUCAUGGUGAUAUUUUCAACUGA